AGAGGGAGAGAGGAAAGAGGGGACAUGAGGAGAAAGGUCAGGAAGAACCAGUGUUGUCUGGCAGAGACAUGACGGUGCUUAGGUGUGAAGUUGUGCUGUUUCUAGCCACCAUCCUGGUGUCUUGCAGCUCUUCACUCACUCACCUGAACAUCAGAGUGGAUCGUGGGAAGCUGCUGAGGUCGAGCAGGUCAGUCACUGUGAGUCACCAGCAGGACAAUGCUCCAGAGUUUGACAGAAGUCACUACGAGGCCGAACUCUUAGAAAACAGCCUGCUGGGACAGUCUGUGCUGCAGGUCAGAGCCAGUCAUGCAGACAUUGCCAUUGGAGAGAUGAACUACAGCCUUCAUCAAGUAUCAGAGACUAUCCAAAGGCUUCUGCGCAUUGACAGUGUGACAGGCAUCAUCUAUGUGAAAGGCCUUGUGGAUCGAGAGGAAGAAAGCAUCCUCAAGUUGUUUGUGGUGGCCCGAGAUCGUGGCCCCAGUUCCAGGAUCAAGAGUUCCAAGGUUCUGGUGACCAUAAAUGUCACAGAUCAAAAUGACAAUGCACCGAGCAUUAACAUCCAAGGUAUAGGCUUAGUAAAAUACCAGGAUGGUGUGUCUAAGAUUUCUGAGGACCUGCCUGUUGGUACACCAGUGGCACUGGUCCAGGUGUCAGACCGGGAUGAAGGGGAAAAUGCUGUGGUAACGUGCGCAGUUGAUGGCGAUGUUCCAUUUCAGCUCCAGCCUGCAAGUGAUCAGAAGGGCAAAUACUUCCUGCAGACAACGACCCUGCUGGAUUAUGAGAGCGUUAAAAAUUACAGUAUUGAAAUUGUUGCGAUGGAUUCUGGAAGCCCAGCUCUGUCCAGCACUCUCUCCCUCAUUGUCCAAGUUACAGAUGUUAAUGAUAAUGCACCGAACUUUUCCCCUGCAACGAUUGAGGUGGACUUUCCAGAAAACAACUACAGAGGACAAAAACUACUGGAUCUUGUGGCAACAGAUCCAGAUUCUGGCAUAAAUGGACAGCUUGUCUAUAGCAUCAUUGAUCGUUUUGCCAAAAGGCUCUUUGAAGUUGAUGCCAACAUUGGGGAGGUUCGUGUGAGAACCGUGCUGGAUCGGGAAGAGAGGGAGCGUUAUGUGUUCUGUGUGGCAGCAGCAGACAUGGGUGUUCCUAGGAAAACCGGCACUGCCACAAUGAUUGUAAAUGUUCAAGAUCAAAAUGACAAUGACCCUGUGUUUAUACCCAACGGCUACAGCUUUACUGCUGCAGAGAACAUGCCUCCACCCAGUCGUGUUGGUGCGGUUGCUGUCUUAGAUGCUGAUAAGGAUGAAAAUUCCCACCUAAGACUGUUUGUGGAACCGGACAAUGGCAAUUUUUUCAUCCAAAAUGGCACAGGAAUCAUCUUGUCUAGAAUCUCCUUUGACCGUGAGAAGGAACGUUUCUACACUUUCCGCCUAAAGGCCGUGGAUGGAGGUGACCCACCUCGAUCCUCCUAUGUGAGCGUGAUCAUCAAUGUCUUAGAUGAGAAUGAUAACGCUCCAUAUGUCACCAAACCAGACAACUCCUCCUACACAUACCUAUCAUAUUUCACCCCAGCAGGCACGUAUGUGGAGGUAGUGAAGGCUGAGGACACUGACACUGGGCUCAAUGCUGAGCUGGACUAUUUUAUUGUAGGUGGAAAUCCACAUGGUCUGUUUCAAAUAUCUCCCUACAAUGGGGAGAUCACACUGGCACAGGAAGUGACCGGCAAGCACAGUGGGCUACAUCGGCUGGUAGUGAGAGUCUGUGAUAAAGGCAGACCUCCUCUCUGCACCACUGCACUGGUCCACGUUUUUAUCAACGGUACUGAGUCCAACAUCUCCCUCAUUGAGGCGCUGGUCACAGAGAGCCUCUCCACCCCUUUGGAAAAGGACGUUGCCGGAGAUCUUUUAGGGAGCUCUGCUCUUGUUCAGCAUAGCAAUAUCCUGUACGGCAGCCUCGCAGGUAUUGCUCAUGUGAUUCAGACAUUCAGCUCUAUAGUUUCUAAUACGGCCAAAGAGGAUUCCAACUAGAGUGGUUUGAAAAUAUAUUUUACAAUCAAUCUGUCACAUCACUGGGUCACGGAGCCAGUGCUUUAUGUUUAAGUAAUGAACUGUUCGUUCUGAUUAUUAUGAUUUGUGAUCUUCUGUUUGUUAUAUUCGCAGUCUUUGGAUUAGGGUUUCUGUGCUGCUUCCCCGUGCCUCGUCAUGCCUGCAUUGUCCCCAGCUGUGUCUCCCUCUGGUUUCUGUGAAGGUUCUCAGUCAUCCAGGUCAUUAUAAUCUAAAGAACUUGGAAAGAAAAGCAUCUGGACUUCUUUAAGUUGCUUGAAGAGGUUUCACUCUCAUCUGAGAAGCUUCUUCAGUUUUAGGGUGAAAUGAGUCCAACAUUUGACACAACAUUUAAACCGUGUGGGAGUAUCCCCCUCUCAGGGCAGGAUACUCCCACACGGUUUGACCUCCUAGGGCCUGGCAUCCUAGGAGGUUAAAUGUGGACAUCACAUUUUGGGUUGUCUAGGCCAAAAUACAUCAUUUUGCUCUACAAGGGCCUGAUAUCCACGUAUGAGGAUGUUAUUCUGCCACUUCUAUCAAAAUUUAAAGCGAAUGUCCUCAUGUGUGGAUUUCAUUUUUCUCAAAAACUAAAAUCAGGCUUAAAAUCACUUUAUUCUUUGUUUUUACAUUCAUCAGGUCCCAAUUAGCACAAACAGCAAAGAGAAAUCAAAAAUGCAUGUCAUGAAAGAGUUCGGGUCUUAGGAGGUUAAAUCUGGGACUCUCCAACAUUUGACCCUAGAACUAAAGAAGCUUCUUGGAUGAGAGGUUAAAUGUCUUCAAGCAACUUAAAGAAGACCAGGCGCUUUUCUUUCCAAGCUCCUUAGUCACUCCUGUUUCGCAUUCCCUAAUCACCUCAGUAUGUAGUUAAGCUCUGUGUUUUUCCCUGCCAGUUGUUGUGUCCUCCAUGUUAGUUGUGUGUAUCACUUGUCUUCUAUAGUCAGGUUAUGUCUAUAGAAGACAGGUUAUGCAUUCUUGGUAAUGUAGGAAUCUACUUUUGACCAGGAAUACGUAGAAAAUUAAAUAUGAUACUUCUCCAUUUUGGGGGUGAAAUGUAACUCACUGCAUUGUUUUCAUGUACUUCAUGUGAGCAUUUUCGUUGUAGAUGAAUAUAUACUUUUACUUUAUUACACAGCAGAGGCAAAUAUGUCAUAUUUACCCACUACAAUGACCUAACAGCUUCACUGUGUUUAACGUUGUUAAAGAUUAAAUAAGUGCUUCUUAAA